GAUCAGAGUAAACAGAGACGGCCGGGUCACCAACAGGAAAUCCACCAUUACUGUGACUAAAAGCAGAACUUUCAAAUAUGGAGCCCCGUACCAGUGCCCAGGAUGUGAUGCGAUGUGACCUGUGUGAGAUCGCUGUGGUACAGAUGCACUGUGAUAUAUGUCUUGUCAACCUGUGUAAGGCCUGUGUAGGAGAACACAUGAUAUCUGAUGAAUCCAAAAAACAUGAAAUUGUCCCAUUUAAGCUUCGAAAAUCAACUCCUCAAUACCCUGGAUGUAAAUCUCAUAACAAAGAACGAUGCACAAUGUACUGUAGUCAAUGUGACAUUCCUGUCUGUGACACUUGUAUUGCAUCCCAUCAACAUCUAGGUCAUAAACUCAUUAAGAUUUUGCAAGUCCUUGAUAAAAAGAAAGAAAACAUUAUCCUGAAAAGAAAUGAACUAAAAGAGACAAUUUACCCAAUCUACCAGGACAUUGCCUCUGAUGUACAAAACAGAAUGAGUCAGUUAGAAAAGGAAUAUGGAGAUCUCUCAACAGCCAUAACAAAACAUGGAGAGGACUGGCACAGAGAAAUUGACAAACUUGUCAAGAAAUUUAAAGCUGAAGUUGAUGAGAUGAAAAACACACAGUUACAAACUUUACAGAAACAUCUGGAUGAAAUAAACAAGAUAAUGUCUGACAUCAAGGAUGUAACUGAGGCAAUCGACAUUUCCUUAAAUUCCUAUGACAUUUCUGUAGUAUUUGGUGUUAGCAUUGGAAUUGAUGAAUACAGAAAGAUUCCACCUAAAAUCAUGGUUUCUUCACCAACAUUUAAUUUGAAGAAACUCCCUGCUGAACAAUUGUCCGCAGUAUUUGGAACAUUGUCAUCUGUUACAUCUACUUUAAAAGAACAUGGCUAUAAAAUGAAGACAACACAGAAAUCACCAAACACUGGAUCCUCUCCUCCAGUCAAACAACUGCUUGAUGAACCAGAGACUGUCACCACCAUAGACACUGGGUAUGGAGAACUUUACAAAGUGGCCUGUCUGAGUGAUGAAGAAAUCUGGACAAGUGGAGAUGACAACACCAUGGAACUCUACAGCAUCAAUCAGGGAUCACUACUCAAGUCAAUCAGAACCAAGUCAGGGUACAUACCAUAUGACAUAGCAGUGACAAAAAGUGGAGAUCUAGUUUAUACUGAUUACAGAGAUAGAACUGUGAACAUUGUGAAGAAUGAGAAGAUAGAGGAGGUGAUCAGACUACAGAACUGGAUACCUUGGGGUGUCUGUAGUACCUCCUCUGGUGACCUCCUGGUUAUCAUGGACAGUGAUGAUAACAAACAAACAAAAGUUGUCCGUUACUCUGGCUCCAGAGAGAAACAAACCAUUCAGUUUGAUGAUAAAGGUAAACCUCUCUAUUCAUCUGGUCGUUAUAAUAGAUACAUUACUGAGAACAGGAACCUGGAUAUCUGUGUGUCUGACAAUGGAGCUAAAGCAGUAGUGGUGGUCAAUCAGGCCGGGAAACUGAGAUUCUGGUACACUGGACAUACUCCUGCUCCAAAGAACGAACCAUUCAGUCCACGAGGAAUCACCACAGACAGUCAGAGUCACAUCCUUACAGCUGAUAAAAACAAUGACUGUGUCCACAUCAUAGACCAAGAUGGACAGUUCCUCCGUUACAUAGACUGUGGACUGAGUGAGCCCCGGGGACUGUGUACAGAUACAAAUGACAAUCUGUUCGUUGCUCAAAAUAGAAACAGACAAGUGAAGAAAAUAAAAUAUCUGCAAUGAAAACCAAUUUGUAAACAAAUCAAUGAUGUUUAUAUUUUAUGUAAUCAUGGGUAUGAUAAAAGUAUCAUUGAUGUAAAAAAUAUGUAUACAUUUUCUUGCAUCUCUGCAUAAAAUGAGGUUUAAUAAUUACAACAAAUACUUGAUACAGAACAACUGAGAGGGAAGUUUGAGAAGUGA